AUGGCACAGGAUGUGCGCGAUCCCCAACAGCAGCCUCUGAGACUUGAGCAUGCCUUGGACGUCGGUAUCACAGAGAAAUCCCCACAGUCAAUAGAACCGCCAACCCGUCUUACAAACGGACUUAAGAGAGACAAGCGCUCCGAAGACCCUCCGCGCAAUGGCACAUCAGUUGCGUCGGCUGGUGCCUCGCAAGCUAUAGAAAAAGCCAUCGCUGAUAUUGGUGGCAAUAGUUUAGAACUGGGGAACAAAUUGCGCACAUUACCUGCAUGGAUUCGAUCUUAUGAAACUGCAAAUGAUGAAGCCGAGGCGUCGGCUACAGCAAGACUCCUACCUCCACAACCCGAUGAUGCCCUCGUUGCUCAACAUAACCACUCCCCUUAUGCGACCACGAGACCAGACUAUACCGGAGAGCAAGGCCUUGACGAAGAGCCUGGCUUAGGUCCACGUCGCGAAUCCCGGUGGAAGUCUUUCUCGAAGGCAGUUGCCUAUCCCCUAGAGUCUGGCGUUGAAGAGAAGCUGGUAACACCUGAAUGGCUGAAUCAGAACCAUACGGACUUCUCGCAGCCAUGGCGGGGGCAACUGGAGCCGAGUGAAGAUACCGAGGAUCCGCUAAAAAUGAAGCGACGCAGACAGAUCUGGUUCAAGCGCUUCCACAGCACUUUGUUGAAGAGCCCUAUAGUACCUGUGAUCUUUCGGCUCACCGUCUGGUGCUUCUCUCUUACUGCCCUUGCCCUUGGAGGGUCUAUACAGCAUCUCUCGGACAAGUACCAACACCCCCAAGGCCCGUCCGCCUUGAUGGCUAUUAUCGUGGAUGCGGUCGCGCUCGUCUAUCUGGUCUACAUCACAUGGGACGAAUACACGGCCAAACCACUGGGGCUACGCUCUCCGGCUGCAAAGGCCCGACUGAUUCUCCUGGAUAUAUUUUUUAUAGUGUUCGACUCAGCGAACCUAAGUAUAGCAUUUGAAUCAUUAUCCACGGUCAGUGGCGCGUGUAAGCUGGCAGAGAUCAAUCAGCAGAUUUCCGAGAAGAAUGAUGCGAUAUGCGACAGGCAAAUAGCACUUGCCUGUGUUCUGCUGGUUGCUCUGUUGGCUUGGCUCAUGACAUUUUCAAUAAGUGUUCUUAGACUCGUUGAGCGGGUUGCCCAGUGA